AUGAACUGGAUCGGUACCGGGAACCCAGGCUCUACCAGACACCUGACCUACUCGGAACCGGUGAAGAGGAGGCACUGGGGUGUCAACGGCAACCACUCAUCCAUCUGGAUUGCAGAGUAUCGUCGCCGCCUCCUUCCCUGGAUCGGCAAGCUGACCAAAAUGGGCACCUACGACUGCCUGUCGCUAGGGUAUCGACUGCUCUGGAAGCUCAAGGAUUUGCCCCAAGAGCCUCACUUGGACGAUAUGCGGAAGGCAAGGAGCGAGGCAGGCGACGUCACAAGCAUCCUACUCCUGCCUCAGGACGAUGAGAUCGAUUUCAUGCUGUAUACCGUCAUCAGGAGAAGUGCCACGAACGGUGACAAGUGGGCGUGGGAGCAUGACCUAGCCGCCCUGAACAAGCAAGCAUCGUUACUCCCGCAACCCACCUCCACGCAGUGGUUUCCCAACAGCAGAAACGCGCUGAGCAACUUGGGCAAGCAGCGGGAAGGAUUGACAAGUGAGGUCUUUGAGCCAUUGCCCGGAUUCCAAUAUGCUUUGGCGCUGGAUCGCGGAGCAUUGGGGGUGAGGAAGGGCGUUCAUUCAGGUUGA